GAGUAAAGUGAGCUACCCAAUGAGAUCAUUUAUGGGAAUGUCACUGUUUGCCAAAGAGGUAUUCAGAGAUUGCUGAAAGGGAUUUCAUGUUCGUAUUCUAAGAAUUCGGACUGACCCAAGGGUCAAAGGUGGCUAACAAAGUCUAAAACUCACCUAUAAGAAGGCCUCUAUCCUGCCUAGGUGUGUAUUUUUACACUUGUCGGGACACGGAAGACAAGUCCGUUAGUGUUACUGCUGUAAAUCUUUGUCGCCAAGUGAAUAUAUAUGCCAUGAGGUGGCUCGCUCCUCAGAAGGCCAGCGGCUCCUACUCAUGCUCUUCUAGCACAAGCAACAUGACGACAAAGCAAGACCUAGAAGCCAUCGAGAACCAGAUAUCCACCAUCCAAGUUAGUUCCCACGGAGAGACGGUCAUCCCGGUACAUGCCCAUGAUAAGUUCAAAACAGUGGAGAAGGGCCGCAACUGGGGAUGGCUUCUGUCUGGAUUCAUCUCCUUAAAUAUCCUGCUCCUGGGAAUUGCCAUGGUGAGUGGAAGUGUCUUCAACAAGGUCCAGAUCAGCUCGUCCCAUCUUCUGAUUUUCCUCAUCUUGCUUGUCAUUCUCACCACCAUAUGGAUGGUUUACUACAAAGUCCAUACGUCGAGGGUGUACCGUGCAGUGCUCUACAAAGACAGCCAUGCUGGACCAGUUUGGCUGAGAGGUGGACUGGUUUUGUUUGGCAUCUGCAGUGUACUCAUGGAUAUUUUCAAGAUUAUUUAUUAUGUGGGUCAUAUACACUGCGAGUCGCCUGUGAAAAUAGCCUUCCCUGUUGUGCAAGCUCUGUUUGUCAUUGUGCAGACAUACGUCCUCUGGGUUCAUGCAAAAGACUGUGUGCAGAUACAGCAAAUCAUCACACGUUGUGGUCUGAUGUUGACGUUGUCUACGAACCUCAUAGUGUGGAUGACUGCAGUGACAGAAGAGUCGCUCCAUCAAACUGUGGCUCCAGCCGAGCCAUCAUACAACAGUUCCUCAAACAACGGGCACAAAAUUUAUGUCAUGUCAAAAGGUCGUGCUGCAGAGAGUGAUUGCAAGUGUAGCCAUAACAUGUGCGACGUCUUUGAGAAGGUCUACUACUACCUGUACCCCUUCAACAUCGAGUACAGCCUCUUCGCAUCAGCCAUGGCCUAUGUCAUGUGGAAAAACGUUGGCCGCCAGAUGGACGAACACCAUAGCCACAAUCUGCGCUUUAGCCUGUGGGACGUUCUAAUCGGUCCAAUCGCUGGCUUGUUGGUUCUGGUGGCGGGCCUGGCUACGUUUGUGGUGUACGAAUUGGACGUGGCUAAGGAGGACCCAAAAAAGAAGGAGCAAGCUCUGACAAUGCAUUACAUCAUGAACAUAGUCGCUAUCCUUCUGAUGUCCAUCGCGACUCUGAUCGGUUGUAUAAUCUUCCGGAUGGAUAAGAGGGAGCAGGUGUCUGGGAAGAACCCAACACGGAGUCUAGAUGUGGGACUGCUUGUGGGAGCGUCCCUAGGCCAGUUCCUCAUCUGUUACUUCACCAUAGUAGCUGUUCUGGCAUCAGGGGUCCAGGGGCACAUAAAUGGGCUGGACCUGACCAAUUCUGUUCUGACUGUGAUCCAGUUGUGCCUACAGAACGCCUUCCUCAUCAAGGGUCUCCACCGGGAGCCGUUCAAAGAGACGGAGACAGCCACCAUCUUCGCCAACGUCAUGGCCGUAAGAGAAAGAGACACAGAAAGACGGAGCAGCUCUAUUGUCCCAGCUCACACACUACCCCUCCCAUUGACUUUGCUUCAGGGACGACUCUCCUGGAAGAGGAGGAUCCUUAAGGAGAUCUGCGCCUUCCUGCUGUUCUGCAAUGUCAUUCUCUGGAUCAUGCCUGCCUUUGGAGCCCGGCCUCAGUUUGACAACACUGUUGGAUCAGACAUUUAUGAAUUCCAAACGUGGGCAGCAGUUGUGAAUAUUGGAAUGCCGUUUGGGAUCUUCUACCGUAUGCAUUCAGUGGCUAGUCUGUUUGAGGUGUGCCUCGCUUCAUAAAUCGACUGACCACUCAGGAACUGUAUACGUUUAUGCACAUAUCUUUGUAAAAUAAAUAUAUAUAUAUUUUUAUAGUAUAUUUUUGUUUAUCUGAAAGAAAUUUGUAUUAUUUUAUACUAUAUUUUUAUUGUAAAAUACAAUGAUGUGUAUAUGUUAGUGUGAGUGUGUGUGGAGAUCUAGACCAUGCUUAACUGAAUUUUUUUUUAAAUAUGUGAAUGAUGUCAAAAUAUCAUCUGAAAUAUGGCCUAAUUCUGUUACAGGCAUACGACUGUUAGAAAUGCAAAAAAAAAAAAUAAAAAUAAAAA